GGAGAGAAGCGCAGGAAGACAGAGACAUGGCUACUGUUCAAUUACUUUGACAGUGUAACAACAUGAGAUGUAUAAAAAUGCGCUGCAUGAGGGGAGCUGUUCCGGACGUGGUGGUUCAUAUUCUAACCGCCGGCUUAUCACCAUGGAAACUGCAACCAUAGCGCAACAGGAAGCUAAUGCACCAGAGAAAGCGACAAGUGACAUACAGUCCGACUCUGAAUCACUCACACAGGUGAAUGAGGGUGUGGCAGUGGUGUCAUUACCUGGUGGACAGACAAUUCAGGUGCAGAGAGUCAUACAAACAACUCAGGCCUCAGUUAUACAGCCACCUCACACACAAACUGUACAGGUAGCUGCUAAUGGUGGCUCAGGUACAACACCAUCAGAUCCUCAGAAGAGGAGGGAGAUUCUGUCCAGACGACCUUCUUAUAGGAAAAUUCUUAAUGAGUUGUCAUCAGAUGUGCCUGCUGUGCCAAAGAUUGAGGAAGAGGACAAUGUGGAGGAGGAAGCCCCAACCACCUCCAGUGUUGCUACGGUGACAGCACCAUCUUCAAUUUACCAGACCAGCUCAGGGCAAUACAUUGCAAUCACUCAGGGUGGAGCAAUACAGCUGGCAGGGCCUGGAGGAGAGGCCUUGCAGGGGGUUCAGGCUUUGACUCUUCCAAGCUCUGCCAGACCGCAGCCUGGGGCAACUAUUCUGCAGUAUGGGUCCCAGCCCGGAGACCCUGGACAACAGCUACUGCUGUCUGCUGGACAGGUGCUCGUUCAGGCUGCCACAGGAGACAUGCCAGCAUAUCAGAUCCGCUCCCCGUCGUCAGGACUACCGCCAGGUGUUGUUAUGGCAGCAUCUCCGGGUGCAAUGCACAGCCCGCAGCAGAAUGCAGAGGAGGUCACACGCAAGAGGGAAGUCCGCCUGAUGAAGAACAGAGAGGCAGCGCGUGAGUGUCGCAGAAAGAAGAAAGAAUAUGUGAAGUGUUUGGAGAAUCGUGUUGCUGUGCUGGAAAACCAGAACAAAACUCUCAUAGAGGAACUCAAAGCUCUAAAAGACAUCUACUGCCACAAGCCAGAAUAACACACUCACAAACACUGCUGAAAGACUGAUUUACAGACUACUUUUGUCUUCUUCUUCGCCUGGAUUUGAUGUUUUUUGUUCAUUCGAUUGGCCAAAUAUUUCUGUAAGAAGUUGCUAACAUUGCUUUGAGGAUGCUGAGGUCUACUGCUACCUGCUUCUUAGGCCUGUUUCACACAGCAUGCAAAAGCAGCAUGUAUUUAUUUGGGGUAUUUAUUUCAGCACUAUAAACUUAUUUAUCAACACAAUCUUUUAAAAUAUUGACUUGUAUGAAGCAACAGAAAAUACUGGAACAAACUGCUCACCCAUUAUUUGAAAGAAGACAUCUGUUAUUAAAACUAAUUCUCAAUUUAGUAAUAAAAAAUCACAUAAUUUUCUGUUUAGAGCCGAAGAUUUCUUACGCAGCAAGUCAGUGACUUGGCAGUGCGAUACUGCGGAUAUUGUUGGCUUUUGUAUGAUGAAUUUCUUAUGUUCCUCAUGUAAUUCAUUUUGGAUAAAAGUGUCUGUUAAAUGAGUAAAUGUAAAUGUAUGAAAGCACAACUCAAUCGUUGCUAAUUCGCUGAUGUGAAACAAGCCUUAUCCUUUCUCUUUCUGUCACACACACACACAUUCAUGUAAAGAUAGAUAAAGGAUUAUAUUAUUGCUGUUUUCUGUGUUUCAAAGAAACUGGAACUCCUCAUUGAAAUGUGUUGAUAAAUGAAUUGGUGUUUUUCAUUUUUUAAAUGGUUGAAAUGAAAGAAAAGUUUAUUAAUAAGCGUUAUUUUUCAAGUUGUCUCCACAAAGCAUUUUUUUCUAUGGAUGUUUUGUCAAUUUGUUUGAGUAAGCAACGGAUAAAUUGAACUUGUGUUUUAAGAUGUUAAUUAGCAGUUAUAAUGGAUGAAUGUAACAAUAACUGAAUACUGACCUGUUGCUUUACUAAGAUGAAACAAAAAAGAAAAGGUGUAGCUCUGAACAGUACGGCAGAUUACAUAAUGCUGACAUUAUGCUUAUGACUGCUCAUAACACCCUUAAUUAUAUCUCUCUCACACACUCUUUUAUCCAAAGCAGCUUAAAAAUGAAGAAACAUACAGUACUAACACCAGCACAUCUUUGUCAAUAACCUAGAAUCUCCACACACAAAAAUUGUGUAACAUUGUAAUGAAGAAUACUUACUUAUUGAGAAAUAUUUCUAUUGAUGUAAGAAUGUAUAUUUUUUACAAUUCUCUUUAAUAUGUUUUUCUUUCAUUGUUUAUUAUUAUUUUAAAGCAAAGAGGCAUUUGUGGGUUAUUUAGUGCACAUUCUCUGAAUCAGACAGGUGGCAUUAACGCUCUUAUUUCAACUAUUGGGAUGUUUGUGUGUCUUCUGUUCUUCAAACUAUGCUUGUCAUGACCUCAUCUUCACUUACAGCCAGUUGCGUUUCUGUGUUUUUAUUAAAUAUUUUAUGUAGUCAGAAAUUGUAAACAUAAAUUGAAUAUUGUUUAAUAUUUAAAUAGUAGAUGUUAAUAUAAACACAGAUUAUAUCCCCUUCUCAUCCUUAACACUGUACAGAACUCUGACAUUUAUAUUUAAUAAAAUAUUUUUUAUAAAUGUACGUAAUAUGCUUACAAGUUUACGAUGAAACCUGCAAUAUGAGAAGCACUAUUGUUGUUUUUUUUGUGUGUGUCUUUGGUCUAUAGCAAAGUAUGUUGCAGACGUCUUUUAAUUACAAAAUUACUCAAACACAUACAUGCAGUAUAGACCUCUCUUAUUCACACACACACACACACACACACACGCAAAGUAUCUCAGUCUCUUAUGGCAAGAAACGUCUCUGUUACAAACGUAACCUCGGUUCCCUGAGACAAAGGGAACAAGACACUGUGUGCUAACGCAUAUGGGGAGUGUCCUUCCACAUGACCCAGUUGAAACCUCUCUAUUAUAACGCCAAUAUUCUAAUAUAGGCUAUGGUGUUUGAGCCCAGGUGCGAAGCUGUUCACUAUAAAAGCAGGUACGCAAACACUACCUCAGAAUUUUCUGACUGCGGGACAAGGAGUGCAGCAUAGAUUGCACUUCAAAAGAACUCUGAGUCUUGUAGUGUGGCCAAUGUUCACAAUGUCACGUUCCCUUUGUCUCAGGAAAUCGAGGUUACGUACGUAACCGAGAUGUUCCCUUAUGACUCAGUAUACUUGGCACUGAGUGCUAAUGCAUAUAGGGAACAGAAUCCCAUCAUGCCACACUACACGACAUAACCUUCCAGAGAGGAAACAUGAGGCCGGCGACCGACAUGAGUAUGCCGCAAGUGAGUGACCCUCAUGUUGGGCCAAGAAUGGAGCACUCAGAAUGAAUAUGAACUAUAGUCAUACAGUAUGAAUUAACCCCUUCACGAACCUAGUCGGGAAGGAAGUUUAUUUACAGUAGAUACACACACAAUAUACAAUAGCUUUAUAAGGAUACACAACUCCUGCCAUAGCGCUGCAGGGAAUCAGGAUGCUGAAGUGGCCCGUUCACCAGCGAAGCAUCAAGUGGUGAGGCAGAGUGAUGUUCGCCAGGGCACUGCAGGGGAGUGGAAAGUCUUCUCGUUGCUAAGAUGAUCCCGCCCGCUGACUCGUGUAGUCGACGGCGAAACAGUAGAAGGCUCCUUGACGAGAGAUGAAUCACUGUCUUCAGGCAAGAAAAUUAAGAGGAAUGGUGUUUGCACACCUGCUUUUAUAGCGGACAGCUUCAUGCCUAAAAAGGCAGGGCUCAAACACCAUAGCCAAUAUAAGAAUAUUGGCAUUAUUGUAGAGAGAUUUCAACUAGGUCGUGUGGAAGGACACUCACCAUAUGUGUUAACACACAAUGUCAAGUGUACUGAGUCGUAAAGGAACUAACACACAUGCACUCACACAAGUCUACACUUGAAUGUAAAAGUAUAUUUUCAAACAUCCUCAUUCCAACAGUGUGACCUUGAUACAUUUGUUUUGUCUCAGAAUUGUAUGUUCUGCAAGACAUUCUCAAAAAUACAGUAAAUAAAGACUUU